CAGCAGACAGCAAGGCGGGGAUCCAGGGAAGGAGCCAGGGAAGGAAGCAUGUACCUUCGAAUUGCAUGUCCAUCCAGCAAGUUUGUUGUGUUGCCGUGAGCUCGUAUCAUGAUGAGCUGGCCACGAUAAAAGGUCCUUCCCCGCGCAGCCCAACCGACAGUUCCAAUUCACCAUUGCAUAGCCGGCACUCAAGGCUUUCUUCUUCAGAGUACUUUUGCAAUUGACUGCCGCUCGUACGCAAUGCUUUCGGUCGCCACCCUCCUCCUACUGGCCACUGUCGUGGCCGGCCCAGCUUUCGGCCACGAACACGCCGGCGACCCCUCCGUGUUCCUAGCCGCACAGGGCCCGCACAAAGAGCAUUUCUGGUACAAUAACAUUCCCGGUGAUGGUGGAACUCAGGCCGACUCCGUCUUCUCGGGCAUCUCCACUUUCGGCCGCCUCCCCUACUUCCCCUGCCUGGCUUCGGACGCGGAGAAGUUCGACAUCGCCUUCCUUGGCGCGCCGUUCGACACCGGCACUUCGUACCGUCCCGGCGCCCGCUUCGGGCCCUCCGGCAUCCGUCAAGGUUCUCGCCGCCUCAAUCUAUACGGAGGAUAUAACGUCCCACUCGAGGUGAAUCCGUUCAACUCCUGGGCGAGAGUUUUGGACUGCGGUGAUAUUCCGGUUACUUCGUACGACAACGAGUAUGCAAUCAAGCAGAUCGAGGAAGGCCAUCAUUCUCUCAUCUCGCGUGAGCCUGCUAGCGAUGCUUCAAAGCCCGGUCCCAGUCUCAAGGGAAAGACCCUUCCCAGAGUGAUUACCCUCGGUGGUGACCACACGAUCGUCCUGCCCAUCCUGCGCUCCAUCAACCGCGUCUACGGUCCCGUAACCGUAAUCCACUUCGACUCGCACCUGGACACGUGGAAGCCGAAAGUCUUCGGCGGAGCGCCCACCAAGGUCGCGGCCAUCAACCACGGCACAUACUUCUACCACGCGGCGAAGGAAGGACUCCUCCGCAACGACACCAACAUCCACGCCGGGAUCCGCACGACGCUCUCGGGGCCCAGCGACUACGAAAACGACGGCUACGUCGGCUUCGAGAUCGUCGAAGCGCGCGCCAUCGACGAGAUCGGCAUCAACGGCAUCAUCAAGAAGAUCGUUGACCGCGUCGGCACGACGGAUCCCGUGUACAUGUCCAUCGACAUCGACACUCUCGACCCGGCGUUUGCGCCCGCCACCGGAACACCCGAGACCGGCGGCUGGUCCACCAGAGAGCUCAGGACUAUCAUCCGCGGCCUUAAGGACGUGAACCUCAUCGGUGCCGAUAUCGUCGAGGUCGCGCCCGCGUACGAUACUAACGCGGAGCUGACCACUAUGGCGGCCGCAGAUGUCCUCUACGAGGUUAUGAGCAUUAUGACUAUGAAAGGAGCUCUCAGCUACCUUGGUGCCCCCAAAACGACGUCCGAUGAACUUUGAAGGCAACGAUAUCAUAACUGCUGACGAUUCCUUGAGUGCUACUGCUGCGAUAGGGGUCAAUCUGGUGUAUAUAUUCUUUAUCAUGUUUUUGUCGAUCAACGCUUUGCUGUCGAGAUGUCGGAUGGGGUUUGGAUUGGCGGAGAUGGUCGUCGCUGCUGCCGUAGAUCAUGACGCUGGGGGAAUUGAAUUAAAUUAAAUCAAAUCAAUGCAAGGAUGAAGCCUCUCCAAG